AUGUCGCGGUUCGUCGACAAGCUGCCGUUCUUUGACCGGAGGUCGUCGCCAAUGGAGGAGGCCGGGGACAUCCCGCGGAACGGCCUCCUGCACAUGCACCACCACCAGCCGCACCACAGCGGCCUGCUCAUGCAGCCGCAGCCGUCGCCGCCGGCGAAGCAGUCGUCGUUCACGCUCGCGCAGCUGCUGAAGCGCGUCAACGAGGCGCGCAGCGACGCCUCGUCGCCCACGUCCUCGCCCACGCACUCGCACUACACCAUCGAGCUGGGCGGCUCCGUGCCGGGCUCCACCGGCAGCGACCUGAGCGAGCGCAUGCGCGGCGGCGGCGACCGCGGCAGCGAUGGGCCGCUCCUCCCGUUCGUGCUCAAGUUCACGGACCUGACGUACAGCGUCAAGCAGCGGAAGAAGGGACCGUGCCUGCCGGCGCUGCCGUUCCGCCGCGGGGGCGGGGAGCCGGGCGGGCCCGAGGUGCCUCGGAUGAAGACGCUGCUGGAUAACAUCUCCGGCGAGGCACGGGAGGGCGAGAUCAUGGCGGUGCUCGGCGCCAGCGGCUCUGGCAAGAGCACGCUCAUCGACGCGCUCGCCAACCGCAUCGUCAAGGAGAGCCUCCACGGCUCCGUCACGCUCAACGGGGAGUCGCUCGACAGCAACCUGCUCAAGGUCAUCUCCGCGUACGUCAUGCAGGACGAUCUCCUGUACCCGAUGCUCACCGUGGAGGAGACGCUCAUGUUCGCCGCCGAGUUCCGUCUGCCCCGCUCGCUGCCAACCAAGGAGAAGAAGAAGCGCGUGCAGGCGCUCAUCGACCAGCUCGGCCUGCGCAACGCGGCCAACACCAUCAUCGGCGACGAGGGCCACCGCGGCGUGUCCGGCUGGGGAGCGCCGCCGCGUCCCACCUCCGGGCUCGACUCCACCAGCGCGUUCAUGGUGGUCAAGGUGCUGCAGCGCAUCGCGCAGAGCGGCAGCGUGGUGGUCAUGUCCAUCCACCAGCCGAGCUACCGCAUCCUCGGCCUCCUCGACCGCCUCCUGUUCCUCUCCCGCGGCCAGACGGUGUACUACGGCUCGCCACGCGCGCUGCCGUCCUUCUUCAACGACUUCGGCAAGCCCAUCCCUGGCAACGAGAACCCGACGGAGUUCGCACUCGACCUCAUCAGGGAGCUGGAGACCAUGCCGGACGGGGCCAGGGACCUCGUGGAGCACAACAAGAAAUGGCAGACGCGCAUGGCUCCCAAGGCGAAGCACCACGACGGGCACGGCGAGAAGCCGUCGCUGUCCCUGAAGGAGGCCAUCAGCGCCAGCAUCUCUCGCGGGAAGCUCGUGUCCGGCGCGACCGACGGAUCCGUGUCGGUGCAUUCGCCCGGGGAGUUGGCGGCGCCGGCGGCCCCGGUGUCGAAGUUCGCGAACCCGUUCUGGGUCGAGAUGGGCGUCCUCACCCGUCGCGCGUUCCUCAGCACGAAGCGCACGCCGGAGAUCUUCAUCAUCCGCCUAGCGGCCGUGAUGGUGACGGGGUUCAUCCUGGCGACCAUCUUCUGGCGCCUGGACGACUCCCCCAAGGGAGUCGAGGAGCGCCUGGGCUUCUUCGCCAUCGCCAUGUCCACCAUGUUCUACACCUGCUCCGACUCGCUCCCCGUGUUCCUCAACGAGCGCUACAUCUUCCUCCGGGAGACGGCCUACAACGCGUACCGGCGGUCCUCGUACGUGCUCUCCCACACCAUUGUCGGCUUCCCGUCGCUGAUCGUGCUCUCCUUCGCGUUCGCGCUCACCACGUUCUUCUCCGUGGGCCUGGCCGGCGGCGCCGACGGCUUCUUCUUCUUCGUGGCCAUCGUGCUGGCAUCCUUCUGGGCCGGCUCUGGGUUCGCGACGUUCCUCUCUGGCGUGGUGACGAACGUGAUGCUGGGUUUCCCCGUGGUGGUGUCGACGCUGGCCUACUUCCUCCUCUUCAGCGGCUUCUUCAUCAACCGGGACCGCAUCCCGCGGUACUGGCUCUGGUUCCACUACCUGUCGCUGGUCAAGUACCCGUACGAGGCGGUGAUGCAGAACGAGUUCAGCGACCCGACGCGGUGCUUCGUGCGGGGCGUGCAGAUGUUCGACAACACGCCGCUGGCGGCGCUGCCGGCGGUGCUCAAGGUGCGGGUGCUGCGCGCCAUGAGCCAGUCGCUGGGCGUGGACAUCGGCACGAACACGUGCAUCACGACGGGGCCAGACUUCCUGCGGCAGCAGGCCGUGACGGACCUCACCAAGUGGGACUGCCUCUGGAUCACCGUCGCUUGGGGGUUCCUCUUCCGCAUCCUCUUCUACAUUUCGCUGCUGCUCGGGAGCAGGAACAAGAGGAGGUGA